AGGAACUUGAACCACCUUUCAGAAUGCUUGAAUGCAAUGCAGCUAACUAGUCCUACCGUCUACGGUACUGUAGGUCCUAGGCAGGUCCUAGGUCUUCUUGUGCAACAUCAAGGAAGCGAACAGGAUUCCACGUGGUGGCGUCCUCUUUCUAGCUGUGCAGCCUGUGCACUUUCCGAUGCUGCAGCUUCCGGUACAUUUCAGCCAAGGUCGCCCACGAUGAGAUAGCGGUCUACACAAUCGAACCUCAAGCACUUAAGAUCUGAAUUUCGUUCAAGCUUUCACUGAUAGAGGCCUUGGAUGCACAUCAGCUGAAGCCUGCAAAGAUGCCAAUCACUCCAGCCUAUACGUGGAAGGAAACGGAGGAUGAGGUCACUGUUGAAGUGGCCUUGCGUAACACCACCCGCAGCCAGGUCGCUAUUGCAUCCACCGAGUGCUUUUUGAAGGUCAACAGCUCCCCGUAUCUGCUGCAGAUUGACCUGUAUGGCGAGGCCGAUGCCAAGCGGAGCACUGCGGAGGUGAAUCAGUCGGGAGUGGUUUUCACUCUCCACAAGGCAGCAAACGGCCUCUGGGGCCGUCUGACUGCAGUGGGAGAGAAGCAGGAGCUUCUUGAGCGGCGACAGAAAUCACUGGAAUCAUCCCGGGAGGCGGCGGGGAAGCAGAAAGAAGAUGCAAGGCUGCUCAAGGAGCGGACCAACAAGCUCGCACUGGAAAAGCAGUGGGCGUUGGAAGAGGCGAAACGGCAGACUUUGGAAAAGAGAAAGGCAGAGGAGCUGAAGAGCGCACAGGAGGACCUGCUUCAGUGGCAGACGAACACUACAAAAACCGGCUCAGAGUCGGAAAACACGCUCAACGGCCAGAGGUUGUCUGGCCAGGACAGAGAUGGGGUUCGAUCGGACGGUAGAAUGGAACCUGUGUUGGACGAUAUGGAUGCGGACGCUUUGUCAGACGGGGAGGAUCGGUACAUCCCCGCAAACAAGGGGAGGGCUGCAAUUGAGGAGCUAAGCGAAUCAGACGAAGAAGAAGUCAGAGGGCUCGUAAACCGGGCCAGUGAAGAAAGGAAAUCUAAACUGCCGCCGAUAGAGGCUUCUGAGAAGCUGGCGAUUCCAAUCCUGCUUAACAAGGCCGCUAACCAAGACUUCAGCAAGGACGGGCCGAUCCCGACCGUGGUUAAGCAGGCCGCUAACCCAGGGUUCGGCAACCUGCUAUCUGAAAGCGAGGAGGCAAACGACGAGAGCCCGUUGGUCGCUAGAAGCUCCCGACGGUUGCAGCCGCCCACGUCCGGAAAAGAAGCUCCCAUCCAAGAGCCGGACAUCCAAGAAGGUGGCUCCGAAGGGGACAAAGAAAACCAACAGCAGCUAGAAACGUCGAAACCGGCGGCUUCCGAUAGGGACAGAAGUCAAAAGAGGGGGAAGGUUGCUGAGGCCGUCCCUGCUGCGGCGCUCCCCCCUCCGAGGAGGAGAAUGGUGGUUCCGGUGCAAUUUACGGCAAAGGAGCUGCGGCCAAAUGUGCCGGCGAGAGAAAGUCGGCUCCAGGAGAUUGAGUUGAAGAAGGCGCAAGCCGCAGCCGCGGACGACGACGCGAUGGACAUCUCGGAGCGGCAGCCCGCAUUCCUCAAGGACAAAGGGGACGCGCUCUACAGGGCGGGCGACUUCCAAGGUGCUGUUUCGGCCUACUCCCGGGCACUCGAGAAGGACCCUUCCGCCUCGCUGUGCUUCUCCAACCGGGGCGCCUGCCAGCUGCGCCUCGGUCGCGUGGACGAAUGCGUGUCCGAUUGCACGAGAGCCGUCGAUCUGCUGCGGCAGCAGCUGGAGGAGUGCGAGGACGAAACGGACGGCCAGGAUGGAGCGGCGGGUGAAUCGGACGGUCGAGAUAAGAUGAAUGGCAAGAUGGACGGUCAGGAUCAGGCGGGUAGGAAGUCGGAUGGUCCGGAAGCUCCCGGUUCUACGGGCUCAGAAGAAACAACUGAAAGGACGAAUGCGUUGGGGAAGCUAGACGGGAAAGAGUCUGACGGAAGCGAUUCGCAGGGAAGCGAAGUUGUGCUGACUGAGCAAAAUGAGGAACGCGAUCAGGAAGACGGUUUGGUAACUCGGGCUGUGAACGAAGACGGAGCUUCUACAAACAGUCCGGGUCCUAAUCCAUCAAAGGAGACUGCCUAUCCUUCCUCCCGAAUAGAAGAGAAGGGGUCCUUGGUUAGUACGGAGCUUCCGCCUGUAUCAGAACAAGCGGAUUCCGAAGGGAACGGACAGAACGGGGACGGAAAACCCGCAGGGCGCCCGAAGCGGCCAAGCGAAAAGAAGCGCCUUCGCACCGCGCUGGUCAAGGCGCUCGUCAGGCGGGCCGCGGCUCGGUGCGAAAAAGCCCUCCUCGCAGAAGCAAUCUCAGACUACGAGAGCGCGCUUAGACUGGAUCCUGGCAACCGGGGCAUAGAGAGAGAUUUGGAGGCGUUGAGAGACUGUGUAAAUCCGCCGACGCAGUCGGAAUGGAAGGCGCGAGGCGAUGUCCGGUACCGGGAGGGAGAGAUCGAAGGGGCGGCGGAGGCUUACACGCGGGCCGUCGAUUGCGAGGGUCAGGACGCGGCAGUAACUAGAGCGUGCGUUUCCAACCGGUCGGCGUGCUACCUCCAGCUCGAGCGGUUCGCCGAGGCGGAGGCGGACUGCUCGCGAGCGCUCGCGCUGCUGGGUUACUCGCCAGUGGCUGACGUCACGCCUCCAACUGACGUACCGACCGCAAAUGUCGCUGACAGCCAAGCGUGCCUCAAGCUGCUCAGUCGGCGAGGUAUGGUGUUUGGGCACCAGAAAAAAUAUGAUGACGCCAUGCGGGACUUGGCGGCAGCGGCAGGGAUAGCCGCGCAGAUCGGACGGCUAGAAACGGUCGAGGACCUGAAUAGGGACAUUGAGCUGCUUAGGGAGCUGCAAGCUCGUCAACUUGAUGUGAAGUGACAGACGCUGAACAUCGUAGAAGAACAUAGACCUGUUAUAAAGGAUUCCAGAAAGCUGUUUCAAUCGAAGGAGUACAUGCAUCUUCGCAGAUCAGGUUCGCAAGGUUCUAAACUUCAAACGCCAGUGAUCGACGCUCUUUCCUCCUCACGUGGACUCAUCAUUUUGAUUACCGCGGCGAUAGUGUUACGUCCGGCUGCCUCAAAUGCAUGCGAAGGCGCACUGAAAG